UGCACGCGCCGCCGGUGGGAGGGGGGGCGGUUGCCAAGCGACGGCGUCCGCACCGCGGCCUGAAGCGCCGGCGCGGCCCGGCGGUCCGGGAGAGGUGGCCAUGUCCAUUGCCUCUGCCAGCAUCAACAUGAGGGUGCCCGCCGGCUUCCGGAACCUGCUGGAAGGGCUGGCACGGGAAGUGCUGCGGGAGCAGCCCACCGACGUGGUGGCCUUUGCAGCUCAGUACUUCCAAAAGCUGCUGGAGCAGAGAGAGGCUGGUGCCAUCGACCCGGUGGCGUGGGGAGCCAUGCUGGAGGACGACCGUCUCACCUGGCCCCCUUCCCAGGAGGCCAAGGACAUGGAGGGGGAGCAGGCAGCACCAGGGGAAGCAGGCAGCACGCACAGCUCCGGAUCACCGUGAUUCUGUCCCAAAAUGCGUGGAGAGGAGCCGAAGGGGAGCCCGUCCCCAUAACCCUCAUGAACUGGGACACCUCUCCGGAGACGCAACCGCAGCACUCGCCCCAAAUCCCCCAUUUCCCACUAUCCAACCCCAAACCCAAAAAAACCCCCUUGGUCCUCCCCUGGCUCCUGCCCUUUUCCCGUGGGUGGAUGCUGCACUUCCAUCCCACCCCAGUGGUGCUGUUUUAAUGAGGAAUUUUAUUAACGAGGUCCCCGCCAUUAUUAGCACCAAUCACCUGAGAUUUCUCCCCGAAAAAUCCUGGGUUUGGGGCUGAGCUGAGCAUGGGAUGAUAUUUUUAGCCUCUAUAUUUAGGCCCCUGCAUCCCUGGAGGUUGGAAGAAACUUCAUAACAUCCCGGCGUGAAGGAAUGAUGUGACAUUGCUCCUCUCCUACCCCGCUCCAUAAGCUGAGACACCUCCAUGGAAUUUUGGGGUGCACGCAAGGGCCCCCCCAGUCCUAUUCCUACCUGUGAAAUUCAUGUUUUCCCACCCAGCAUGGUUUCAAAAUCCCCCCCAAAAAGUGGCGGGGUUUGCGUUGAAGCCGGCUGCUCUGUUUUUGGAGGGGACUGAACCCCCCCCUUUCCAUGCUCACCCCGUUUUUCCCCCCUCUUUCCUGUUUUCCCUCGCCAUAUGUGGUGCUCGCCCACGGCACGGGGCAUGACAGCGGCUCCCCUGGGAAAAACAGGAAGGAGGGAUGGGGAAAAAAAAGCUGGCGGGGACCCCGUGCCGGGGCUGAUGCCAACCAGCUACGCCUUGACCCCCCCCAGCACCGCCUCGCCGGCUGCCGGCUCCUGCUUCAGCAGCCGGCAACACUGCCCGCCCAGGGCAUCAUUCCAGCAUCCAAUUCCCUUUGCUUUUAAGGAUUUUUUCCUUUUUUUUAAAGGAUUUUUUAACACCUCUUUGCCACCAUCUCAAACCACGACGGCGGGAUGUUCUCAGCGGGUCUCGCCAGCUGCACUUCCCGUUCUCCCCUUCCAAAAUCUGAGUUAUUUCCUUGGAAUUCAAAUUUUGGAGGUGCUGGAGCACCUGAAAAAGCAACGUCCAGAUGAAGGGGUCCAGGGAGGAAAAAUGCAGAGCCUGGAACAGGCUCAAAAGCCGCCAUUAAUGAUUAGAAAUGUUUUGGCAUUUCGCGUCCCUCCUCCGCAGCCGCAGCCUGCGGGAGACGGCGGCGCUCGGCGGCUCUGCCAGGACCGGGGUGCCACGGAUGGAGCAGAUUUUGGGGACUAACUGAGGGACUAAUCCUGAUUUUGGGGCUAACUUCCCAGAUCCCUGAUAGAUGAAUCACCCCAAAAACCCUUCCCACUUAACUCGCCCAAAACACCCGGUCUUCUCUCAUUGGAGCAAGGCAGUGGUGGAUCUGAAGGGUCUGAAAACCAGGGAAAAGGAUCUCUUCCCGUGAAAAAAUCCCAGCAGAGCUGCCAAGGCUUCUCCUGGAAGCUGGAGCAGGGUUUUCUGGAGCAGAGCUAUUCCCAUCCCCCCCACCCUGCCGUGCUGGUGGGAAGAAGUGACGGUGGAAAAGUGGCUCCAGUCGGGAGAGCGGGCUGCCAGUGGCUGCCAGGGGAGUUUGAGGGAUGCUUGAGAGCGUUUCCCAAGAGGGAAUUUGGGUGCCUGGCUGCUGCUGGGGCAGGGGUGACCCCCAUCAACCUCCAAGUGUGGGUGAAGCAGUUGAGGGAGGUGGCAGUGGUGGGAUGUGCCUGGGAUGGGGAGUGGGAUGUGUGGGUAUCCUGGGGUGUCAGGGGGCAAGAGGUGCCACCACCUGCACCCAGCUGGAAUGGCCUUGGAGAAAGAGAUGGAGCUGGGAUAGGAAUGGGAACAACAAGGAUGAAGAUACAGAAGGGGACAGGGCCAAUGAUAGGGACAGGGAUGAGGGUGAUGACAGGGAUGGGGACAGGGAGAGAGAUGGUGAGGCUGAAGCUGGGAAUGGGGGUGGGGAUUGGCAUUGUGAGGAGGAUGGGGACAAGAAAUGGGUUGGGGAUCGUGAGGAGGGUGGUGAUAGAGAUGGGGACAGGGACAAUGGUGAGAUGGAGAAUGUGGUGGAGGUGAUGGGGAUGAGGUCAGGUAUGGGGACAACAGUGGGGACAGUGCCCAUUCCAGUGCCAGAAACAGUGAUGCCAGUGGAACAGGGAUGCUAACAGGCAUGAUGAUGAUGAUGAUGAUGAUGAUGAUGAUGGUGGUGGUGGUGGUGGCAAAGAGGAAGGUCAGUGCCACCAGGCCCCCAAGAAGGAGAACCCCUGUGAGCAAACUUGGCCAGGGAGAACUGGUGGGGCCUGACUGUGCAGGUGGGUCGGGGGGUGCUGGUGCCUGCCUUGGGGGGGCCACGCCGUGUUUUGGGGGCUGGCUGGAGCAGCAUCGGCGCAGAGCCCACGGGCGACUUAUGCUGUUGCUUAGCAACCCCCAAACCCGGAUUAGAGGCGAGCGAGGCAGGCGAUGGGGGGGCUGUGGGCUGCAGCCCCCUGCAUUGCCCUGGGGGUCCCUCCUCUUUCCUGGGGGGCCCCGGCUCACCCUGCCAGUCCCAGCACCUCGGCGUGGUCCAGGGGCAGGAGCAGGGGCUGCAGGGAGCACCAAGGGCUGUGCAAGUGGCUGGGACUGCAGGUCUGCUUGGAGAACACCCCAAAUAUGGGGGUUCAGAUGCUCCUGUGAGUGGGGAAGGGACCCCCAGACCCCAGAAGUGGAGCCCACUUCUCUGCUUGGAGCCUGCAGUUGGCCACAUCACCCCCAGGGUUCUGCGGGUGCUCAGUGGGAUGCAGUGUCCCACCAUGCCCACCCUUCCUCACCGUCUUCAUCCUCAUCAUCCUCAUCCUCACCCUCCUUCAGGACCAAGUCCUAAGUGGAUCAAGAAGGUUUUUUGCCCCCCGUGCAAACCAACCCAGGGGGUAAAACCUGCCUCCAGCAUCGCUGUGGGUAGUGUACCCCCCCAAAACGAACCCAGUACCCCCAUUUGUUAUAGCUUUGCCCCCCAAAAAACCCUCCACGCCCAGGGCAAGCCUCAUCACAUCUUGGCUCCCAUCCUCUGCAUGUGAUGUUGUGUUCCACGAAACUCCGAGGCGAGCUGCCGGCUCCUUUAAGUGUUAGGAGGGAGUUGGAGGCUGCGAAAUAAAAUUGGAGGAGGGAAAAUAAAAAAAAAAAAAAUUAAAAAAAAAAA